AUGGCUACCCUAAGCAGGAAGGACAGCAACAGUCAAGCGGUUUACCUUCUAGAGGCUGACAAUGCUUUCUCAGUGGAGGACACAGCCAUAGAGAAAGACUGCCAGCCUACCAAGAUGAAAUGUCUUGAAGGCCCACAUUUAUGCCAAAGGCCAGGCAAGUUCUGUGGCCCCUUGAUUCCUAAGGAAGAAAAGAAAAACAAAGUGGCAGAGGAGAAGGAUUUAGAUCCAUAUUUGGUCACAGACCCCGAUGAAGAAGAGAAUGAUCUUGGGGAUCUAGCUGCACUUGACACCACUCAUUACAUGCAGAGAGGUCUAUUCAGCUCUCCUGGAGACAAGACCCCUGGUGUGCUGGGGAUGUCACCUGCCUCCUUGCACUUUCUGUGGCAGCCUAUAUUUCCCAACACCAGCUCUCCAGCUCAGCAUUUUGGACCUCAACAGCCCCUGCUAGACUCAUCUCUCUUCUGCAACCCACUGCCCUCAUGGCCUUCUAGGGUCUGUCAUCUGACCCAGCUCCACCCUCCUCACCAAAGGAUCCUACAGCAGGAACAGAGUCAAACACCAAGUUCCUCAGCCAAGAAGACUUGGUUUCAGCAGCCAAACCCUUAUGCUAACCUCAUGACCCAAAAAGAGAAGGACUGGGUAAUAAAAGUGCUGAUGGCUCAGCUGCAAAGCAAGAGCCCCCAUCUGGAUGACUAUUACUAUCAGAAAUAUUAUGAGAAGCUAGAGAAGAAGGCAGAUGAAGAACUACAUGGACAAAGGAACAGGGUUCAGUCUCCUAAGUUGGUGACACCUUAUGUUCAGAAGGCAGAGACUUAAGAAUCAGUGGCUCAUAUUGAGGUUUCCCUGGGCCAGGUAGCUGUAUCAACAUGUUUUAGUCCUCGCCAAGCUAUUGAUGCUGUAUCUCAUGGAACUCAAGAGCAGAAUCCAGCAGAGGCAAACAGUCAGAAGCUUCAGGUAUUAUGCAAGAUUGAGAGGAUGUUCCUUCAGUUACUAGAGAUAGAGGAGGGCCAGAAGGAUGGACUUCCACAGCCCUGCCACUUUGGGCAGCAGAACAACCAGGUUGAGAAGCUCUUCCAAGCCUUAAAGACCCAGGAGCAGAACAACCUAGAGGAGAUAGCAGAUAGCUUCCUGCAGGUGCUCUCUGUGAGCAAGGGGAAAACCUUGGUGGCCCGGCCACUGCCCUUUCUGCUACCUGAUCAGGCUGUUAGCCUUCUUCUGGUUAUUACCCAGCAUCUGCCCCUCCUGAUCCGGAGGGAUGUGACUGACCAGGCCCUACACAUGUUAUUCAAGCCUCUGGGAAAAUAUAUCAGUCAUUUGACCUUCCAUAAACUCCUCUAAGGGCUUCAGGGGCUACUGUUGCUACCACCUCGCUCCGCAGAGCACCCGGUCAUUGUCGUACUUCAGAACCAGUUUGGAAUAUCUUUGCUAUAUGCCCUGCUGAGUCAUGGGGAGCAGCUGGUGUCCCUGGAUUCUUCCCUAAAGGAACCCAACAGGGACCACACAGCUUGGACAGACAUGGUAGUUCUGGUUCCCCGGGAGAUAGCUCGAAUGCCUACAGCCUCUCUGGCAGAACCCCUAGCCUUCCCUAGCAACCUGCUGCCCCUGUUCUGUCAUCUCAUGGACAAACAACUGGUUCAGCGGCUGAAGGCCAGAAUGGAGGUUGUCUUAUCUACUGAUCAGUUUGUUUUGGAAUACCUCUACUGGUAUGUAGGAGGCUUAAUCAUCGACAAAAAGUUGUAUGAGUGCUCUACAUCAAUCCAGAUAGUCUGA